GUGUUGAAAGUAACUUCAUAUAGUUGGAGGUGGAUGUCGGAGGCCUAGACAUGAGCGAUAGCGACGACGCGAUAUGGCUAGAAAUCGGUAUUAAUCCUCAACAUGUUGUCUGUGAAUCAGACGACGGCCUCUAUAAGCUGAUAUGCGAUAAGGGCUGGCUGCAAGCGUUGGAACGUCAUCGAAAGCUUUCUCAAUUCCCAGCCUGGCCCCAGCUGGAUAGACGCGCACAUCCCACGGGGCCACUGGAGCAUCCCUGGACGCGCAUAUUGGUGCAAACUUAUCGCAAGCAAUCGCAACGCAAAGUCCAUCCCUUGCCAGCAAGAGGAGCGAACGGUGAUAAUACACACUUCCCGCUGAGUUACUCACAAGCUGUAGCCAAUGUAGCCAAUCUCAACUUCAAGCAGCUGUGGGAGGCAGCCUACAAGCAAUAUGCAGGCGCUCACGUCAAGCAGUGCAGGUCUAAUGCAGGCACACAGUCCAAGCAGAUGUCAGCAAACAGCGGAGGAUUUCAGCCACAUGAUGUGGUGCUCCGCGAGCUAAUACAACGCAUCUACAAUUGCCCAGUGAUACUGUGUCAACAGGAGGGUGAUGGAAUCUCUAACACUGAUGUGAACUUGACGGGCGACUGUCAUGCCAAUGUGCUGCCCGCUCUGGUGGCCAUCGAGACGAGCACACAUUUCUGCAUCUUUCACUAUCCGCCAGCGCUGGAGUGCAGCCUUUAUGACUGCAUCAGCUACAGCCCCGCCCUGCUGGGCCGGGGAUACAAUAAGACGCUAUUUAUCAUCUACCAGCUGUUACAGCUGUCAAGGUAUUUGCAGUCGCAGGGCCUGUUCCUGGGCGAUCUGCGACUGCAGCAUGUGAUGCUACGCGAGAAUCUCUGGCUGCAGGUGCUGCCGCGCCUGCAGUGCAAUUUACUAAUGGGCGAGCAGUCGCCAGCGGUGGACAUGUCGCCACUGAGCUGCCCCGAGUUGCCCAGCUCACCCGAACAGCUGCCAUCCAGCAGCACCAUCGAUCUCAAGCUGGCCUACGAUCCGGCUCAGUUCAAUCUCCGCGAAUACUGCGAAAUGUGGUGCAAUGGACAACUGUCCAAUUUCGAUUAUCUAACCAUACUCAACAAUGCCUGUGGCAGAAGCCUGACGAAUGCUGCCCAUCACCACAUAAUGCCUUGGGUCACGGACUUUGCGGCCCGCAACGGCCACAACUGGCGUGAUCUGACCAAAAGCAAGUAUCGCCUCAACAAGGGCGACGUCCAUCUGGAUCUCAUGUAUACGCAUGGCAGCCAGCACGCGACUGCCGAGGCUGUGACGCCUGUGGAGCAGCUGCAGGUGGCCCACCAUGUCUCCGAUUUUCUCUCGGAGAUCACGUACUUUGUCUAUAUGGCACGACGCACACCUCAGUCCAUACUCUGCGCCCAUGUGCGACCCAUUUGGGUGCCCGCCGAGUAUCCGGUGUCGAUACAGCGCCUCCAGGAAUGGACGCCCGACGAAUGCAUACCCGAAUUCUACUCGGAUCCCAUGAUAUUCAAGAGCAUACACGAAGACCUGCCUGAUCUGGAGCUGCCGGCGUGGGCCACAUGUCCCGAGGACUUCAUAUGCAAGCAUCGUGAAGCGCUGGAGUCGCAGCACGUUAGCGAGCGACUGCAUCAUUGGAUUGACCUCAACUUUGGCUACAAGCUGAGCGGCAAGGCGGCCAUUAAGUCCAAAAAUGUCUGCCUCAGCCUCGUGGAUCAGCACUGUAAUCUCAGCCAGCGUGGCAUUGUGCAGCUAUUCACGCAGGCCCAUCCGCCGCGUCGGUAUGUGUCGCCCUGGUUCAACAAGACGGCGCCGCGCAUGUCCCAGCUCUAUGGCAACAACAUUAGCCACACCAACAGGCGCCUGGCCAGAAGCAGCGAUAACCUGCACGCAGCCUCCAACAGCAAGAGCAGCGGCUCCAUGGAGAGCAGUUCACCGCGCAUGUCGCUGCGCCCGAGCGAUGAGCCAUCGGGCUCCGGCUCCAACUUCUACAAUAUGACCAAUUUCAUUGAGCUGCCGGAGCAAUAUAAUCCGGCACUGCUGCUGCAGCAGCUGGAGACGCUGGAGACCUUCUAUGCGCGCACCUUCCCACAGCAGCGCGCCCCGGCCAAUCCAGAGGAGAAGAUGAUAAGCAGCGACUUGCUGUUCGAGCACAAUUCGGCGGAGCAUUCGUUCACGAAUCAACUGUUCGCCUUCGAUGGCGCAAUUGAGACCAAUUCCAAGAAUUUGCUGGUGCCGCCGGCGCGAAGCCAACAGAGUCUGCAGCAGCUGCUGAGCGAUUGCCGGACGCGAGAGCUGCAGGUGCUGGGCUGCCUCAUUGUGGAGCUGUUUGCCAUGCAGCGUCUGCGACCGCUGCUGACCAGCAACGGGCCGAGUGCGAGCUUCGAGUGCCGGCUGGCGGCGUGCCGCACAGUCACCCAGAUCCACAGCCAGGAGCUGCCGAUGCCGGUGCGUCGCGUGGUGCGUCAACUGCUGCAGCUGGAGCGCAACGAAGAAGAUCCCAUGCCGGGUCUACCCGUGCCGACGAGUGCGGCCCAGCUGCUGGAGCCGAUGUUCAGCCUGGCGCUGCUGCCCUUUCCCAGUCACUACAUUGCGGUCUAUGCGUUUGUGCGCUCCCUGCACGCCUUCCAGCUCAACUUCGAGCUGCUCGACCUGCUCACACAUCUCAACUGCAGCGGCGGCAGUGAGUGUGCCCGCUACACCGAGCUGGACCGGCAGCGGGUGCUCUUCGAGCGCAAGAUAGCCGAGUGCAAGGUGAUGUCCUCCUGUGCCCAUGUGCGCCGCCUGCUGGAACCUCUCUCGUAUGCCUACGAGCAGUUUGCACCCGUGGAGCUGCUGCUGCCCCACAUCAUAGAUCUGCUGCGGGACGAGCGCACAUCGAUACUGACGGCCUGGAAUCUCUUCGAUCCCGUGGCGCAGGCCUUAGGCAUUGCGCAGACGCAGCAGCAUUUGCUGCAGCCCCUGCUGAAGCUGUACGACGUGGAGAGCAGCGCCCUGGUGGACGAGGCCAACAGCAGCACAAGCAGCAGCAACAACAAUGGGGGACACUUGCGCUUCUCCUCGAGCAGCUCGUUCAAGUCUAGGAAAUCUGUGAAGCUCUAUCACCACAGCUUCCUGCUGCGCCUGAUCGUGCGCUUCGGACUGCGCUGCUUUCUGCAGCACUUCAUUGCACCACUUAUCGAAGCCGUCGGUGGCUACAAGGAGCCGGAGCAGGGCAAUGGCUAUCACUACCAUAGCGCGGGCAGUCGGCGCACCAGCAAGAAUCUCAGCUAUGCCGCCGAGGAGCUGCCAGUCGUACAGGCGGAGCCUAAGCCAGACGUUGAAGAGCUCUUCACAUUCGAGGAGGAUCAGGAGAACAAAUCAAUUGAUUCCUUCGAUAUGCGUCCCUCGUCCACGGCCAUUGCGGAGGAGGCACGCGAAUCCGACGGCAGCUCACCCGACAAGCUGGCCAUCAAUGAGCUCAUGUACGGCGCCAAGCUCUCGCCGGACAAGCUCUCACUGCAGAGCCAAGGACAGACGCCGCCAGCUGCAUUGCCCCCGCCCUUGAUUGGACCCCGCUCGCCCACCAUCGAGAUACCCGCGAGCAGCUUGCGACGCAGCUUCCAGCUGAGCGCCAUCGAUUGCGAUAUCGGCUCCAGGAAGAGCGUCGAUAGCUUCGAGCUGAUCAGCCAGGUCACCAGCACAGCGGCCAAUGAGUCGGCGGAGUCGGUGCCCCAGACAGACCCCGAGGCCUCUGACUCACUGCAGGCGUCGGUCAUAUCGCGCAUCUCAGAGGCCAAGGCCCUGCAGAACAAUCGCAUUAGCGAGAUGAGCGCGGAGAGUCUCGUCUGGCUAUCGCAUCGCCUGGGUCCGGUGCUGACGGCUCGCCACAUUACGCGCAAUCUGCUGAAGCUGCUCUCCCUCUGCUACGUCGGCCAGGAGAAUCUGCUGCCCGAGAUGGAGGCAGCCAGCAGCAGCAGCAGCCCAACAGAAUCAUCAACAGAUGCCGCCUCCAAUCUCAAUUACUUCAGCAUUGCCAAUGCCCGGGUCGUCGGCGAUCGCAGCGCGGCGCGAGUUCUGGAGUGCCUCAUGUCGAUAGCGGCACUCUAUGGGGAGAACUUCCUGCUGCUGCAGUACUUUCCACACAUCAGCGAGCUGAUUGGGCUCUGCUCGAAGCGCAUGACGGGCAGCCUGGAGGGCGCCAUCAUUAGCUCGCUGCAGCUGGUGAAGUACAUGCUGCCCUGCCUGAUGGAUGCCAGCAUUAUGGAGCACCUGCAGCACAUACUGCUGGAUGCCAUCCUGCUGCCCAUACUGCGCCUGCUGAGCUCCACGAAUCUGCUCAUGCCCAGCGGCUAUCUGGGCAGGUCGGUGCUGGCGCGCAAAUUCCUGGACGCUUGCUAUGCGCUGAGCGUGCGAAUCGGAUCGGAUAUGACGCGGGAGCAUCUGUGCCAGUCGCUCUUUGCGCCCUUCUUUCUAAUCUUCAAUAAGGCCUUCGGGCUGCCCAAUGACUUUAGCUGCAAUCUGGCAAAUCUCUCGCUGAGCGGCGGUCCGGGGCAGCAAAAGCGAGCGCAGGAGGAGCUAAGGGACGUGUUCGGGCCGGAGCUGGCGCAUACCGCCUACUUGGCGCUGCUGCGCUUCCUGGGCGAGUCCAUAAUGAAGCGCACGCUGAGCAACAUGGAGUUUGUGCUCACGCUGUGCCACGAGCACGAGCAGCCAGCCGCUGGCCAGGACACGGCACAGCUUAGCCAGUCGGCCAAUCGGAUCAGUCCCGUGGAUGUCACAGAUGCAGCGCCCUGCGAGACGGCGGCGAAUAGCUUCGGCACCCAGAUCGUCGGCAAUCGGCUGCAGGUGCCCAGCAGCAGCAUGGAGCUGCUCGAUAUGGUGGCCUACAAGCUGGACCACAUGCCCAGCACACGGCACCUCAAGGGCAACUGGCUGGCCUACUGGCGGCACGAGACGACGCGCAGCGAGAAGGACAACCAGGCGCUGAAUCUCAAGCAAAUUCGCCUGCAGUCCUUUGUCGGCCACACGAACUCCGUGCGCGCCAUUUACGCGCUGGAGAACGAGAACAGCUUCAUAUCCGCCUCCAAGGAUAAGACGGUCAAACUGUGGUCGCUGCGCAGCGAGGGCGAUGGGCGUAAGAGCACCGCCUGCCAGUUUACCUAUACGGCGCACAAGAAGUCCAUCAAUUCGCUCAGUUUUCUGGAGUCCCUGCGCUAUGUCGUCUCCUGUGACUCGGGCGUGCAUCUGUGGGAUCCGUUUAUAGGCCGACCUCUGGCCAUACUGGAUGCGCCGCGGCAUAGUGCAGUCACCGUCGUCAAGUGCCUGCCCUCACAUUCCCCGCUGGUAGUCGCCGGCACAGCCGAGUCCACGGUGCGGAUCAUCGAUGCUCGCUGCAUGCAGUACGUGAAUGAGUGGCGCGUCUGUCAUGCCGCCUUGCCCAAUGCCACUGUGCGCUGCCUGGCGGUGGCUCCGUCGGGCAACUGGCUGGCCGCCGGCCUCUCCUCGGGCGUCAUUGUCCAGCUGGACACGCGCACCGGCAUCGUGCUCAACAACUGGCGACCCAUGGAAUGUGAUCUGCUGCAGCUCACGGCGCCCAGCGAUCAGGUGCUCAUCAGCUCGGCGCUGGAUCACAGUCUGGCCGUGUGGCAUGCCCUGGACGGCAUUCUGCACUAUCAGUUGAAACCACCGCCUGAACCGGCCCACUUCCUGCAAAGCGUUGGCUCCUCCCUGGUCUAUGCCACAACUGGGAAUCGUGUGGGCGUCUACGCGGAUGUGGGCAACUCUCAUGCCCUGCAUACCAUUACCAAACUGCGCUCCGAAACGUUUCGGGGCGUGCUCACCUCACUGGCGGUGUUGCCACUUAAUCGAGCUUUCCUUGCCGGCAACGAGAGUGGCAACAUUGCUUUGCUCUGCUAGCGGAGCUGAUAUUACUAAAUUUAAAGACAAUUAUAUAUACCUAUA